ACCACCUACGUACACGAGAACUAUUCAAGCAUUUUAAAUAAUUUUGAUAUUGGCUUGAUUGAAUUGGCUAAAGAUGCUGAAUAUAGUGUCAACGUUUAUCCAACUUGCCUGCAUACAGAUCUCACGGAUCUGCCAGAGAGCACCGAACUGAUUGUGACCGGUUGGGGAGUCACCGAAAAUCAGACAACUUCAGCUCGCUUAAUGGCAGCCAAGCUGAAUGCGGUACCACUUACACAAUGCAACAUUAGUUACGCGGAUCAGAUGACGCAUGAGACACAGCUUUGUGCUUUGGCUCCGGGGCGAGAUGCUUGUUGGGGUGACUCAGGCGGUCCAUUGCAACUAGUCAAAGACAAAUCGUUGGGUAAAUAUAGAGUUGUUGGUGUCGUUUCAUUUGGCUUAGUUUGUGGCACAAAGUUACCGGGUGUCUACACCAAGGUGGCAGGGUUUUUGGACUUUAUCGAAAGCAUUGUUUGGCCUGAUGGCAGAUAA